AACCGGCCACGGGGCUCCGCGAGAGGGGAACGGGGCUCCGCGAAAGGAGAACCGGGCACCGAGCAGCGAGCGAGGGGAACCGGGCACGGGGCAUGGGGCUCCGGGAGAGGGGAACCGGGCAUAGGGUAUAGCUCGGGGAAACCGCACAGCCCCGGCGAGCGUCCGGCCGGGCUCGCCCGGGGACACCGCCUCCUCAGAGGAGGGGAUCGGCCAGCCCGGGGAGGGACGGGCAGCCUCGGUACAGCGGGAGCCCCGGGGCGAGCACGGCCAGCUCCACCCGGGGGGAACGCGCCGCCCCCGCGCCGGGCCGGGCUCUGCUGGGGCCGGUGCCGCCGCCGGGACGGGGCGGGGCGGGACGGGACGGGACGGGCGGCUCCUCCCCGCCGCCGGGACGGGCCGGGCCGGGCGGAGCGGGCGCUCGGUGCGGGCGGUCACCGCCGCUCUCGCCAUGCGGGCGCUGCUGCUCCCCGCGCUCCUGCUCCCGGCGCUGGCCGCGGUGCGCGGCGCCGCCACGGCUCUGGGUGAUGUGGACCAGGUCCGGAUGACCUCGGAGGGCUCCGACUGCCGCUGCAAGUGCAUCCUGCGGCCGCUCAGCAAGGACGCCUGCAGCCGCGUCAGGAACGGCAGCGCGCGCGUGGAGGAUUUCUACACCGUGGAGACGGUGAGCUCAGGGGCUGACUGCAAGUGCUCCUGCACCGCGCCCCCCUCCUCACUCAACCCCUGUGAGAAUGAGUGGAAGAUGGAGAAGCUGAAGAAACAGGCCCCUGAGCUCUUCAAGCUGCAGUCCAUGGUGGACCUGCUCGAGGGAACACUGUACAGCAUGGACCUGAUGAAGGUGCACUCUUACAUCAGCAAGGUGGUGGCACAGAUGAACACGCUGGAGGAGACCAUCAAGACCAACCUGAGCAGAGAGAAUGACUUCAUGAAGGAGAGCGUCCAGCACCUCACCGACCAGAUGAAACGCUAUGAGAACUACUCUGACAUCAUGAUCAGCAUCAAGAAGGAGAUCUCCAAUCUGGGCUACCAGCUGCUGCAGAAGGAUGCAGCUGCCAUCCCCGAGAGCAAGGCUCAGGACACGACAGGUGGCCGAGAGAAGGAGGUGGGACGAUACCCCAGCACCCGCAAGGCACUGGGGGACAGGGCAGGCCCCCGAGCACCCAAGGAGAAGCCACUGAAGCCCGAAAAGCCCAAAAAGGAGAACACCAAGGCCAGAGCAGGGUCACAGCCCACAGCCAAGCCCAAGCCCCUGGCACAGCAGCAGACUGUGGUCCGAGGCAUCACAUACUACAAGGUCGGGCAGGUCGGAGCAGUGGAGGGUCCGGCCGGCAGCCGUGAAGGCCCUGUGAGAGGGGCAGUUGUGUCAGAGCAGCAGGAGGAGAGGGGCCCCCCACGCCCCUCAGCCGAGGGCACCCCAGCCCAAGCUGGUGCACAGACAGAGACCACCGUGUCCAGCACCACGGCUGCACCCAGCACUGCCCUGGCCCCCCACAGCACCGCCCGCAGCCCCCCUGGCCCCGGCCUCGGGCACGGGGCUGACAGCACCGGGGACCCCGAAACACCAAACAGAGUAAAGGAGGUGGAGUGCGAAGGCACUAUCGAGUCAGUGGAGCCCCCCACGGAGCACCACAGCUACGGGCGCAAUGAGGGGGCCUGGAUGAAGGACCCGGCAGCCAAGGAUGACCGCAUCUACGUCACCAACUACUACUAUGGGAACAGCCUGGUGGAGUUCAGGAGCCUCGACAACUUCAAGCAGGGCCGCUGGAGCAACCUCUAUAAGCUGCCCUACAACUGGAUUGGCACCGGGCACGUGGUGUACAGAGGGGCCUUCUACUACAACCGUGCCUUCACCAAGAACAUCAUCAAGUAUGACCUGAAGGAGCGAUAUGUGGCGGGCUGGGCGCAGCUCCACGAUGUGGUGUAUGAGGACACGACGCCCUGGAAAUGGAGGGGCCACUCAGACAUCGACUUCGCUGUGGAUGAGAGUGGGCUUUGGGUCAUCUACCCCUCGGUGGACUAUGACUACUCACAGCAGGAGGUGAUCAUCCUCAGCCGACUUGACCCCGUGGACCUCUCGGUGCGCAAGGAAACCACCUGGAAGACGGGUCUGAAGCGCAACACAUACGGGAACUGCUUCAUCAUCUGUGGCAUCCUCUAUGCUGUGGACACCUACAGCCAAAAGGAAGGGCAGAUCUCCUAUGCCUUUGACACACACACAGACACGGAGGCAGAGCUCCGACUGCCCUUCCUCAACCACUACUCCUUCACAACGCAGGUCGACUACAACCCCAAGGAGAAGGUGCUCUAUGCCUGGGACAACGGCCAUCAGAUGACAUACGGGCUCCGCUUCGUGGUCUGAGUGCCCGGGCGGGUCCCACUGCACUCCUGCACCCACCCUGCACCGUGCCUGCCUGGGGCACCCUGACGCAGCCUGGCCCUGGUACCCCAGCUCCAGCCAGGGCUGUGGCAAGAGCCCAGCUUCCACCCCCAAACCUCCCCCAUCUGCUAUGGCCGUCACCCGCAGUGCGCCCACUGUACUGCAGGGCAGGGAGAGCCCGUAAGAGCAGCCCCCAGCAGACACACCUGUGACAACCUGGCCCUGGGGCCGUGGCAGCUCGGCCAGCUUCGCCUUCCCAGGGACAGAAAGGAGCCCAGCCCCGCAUCCUUUUGCCACUGCUGGCACCGCCUGCCCUGCCCCAGCGCACUGAGCCCCCCCUGCACUGCCCCCAUCCCAGCCACACUCCCCGCACACCCACCGGGACCGCGCGUCCCGUCCCUGCCGGCGGUGCCAGGGCCGGGACAGCUCCAUGCCCUGGCCUGCACCGGGCCCCGUGGGGCGGGCGGGUCCCCUCACUGCCAGCCGCCAGGAACAGGUGCCAGUCGCUAUUUUAGGAAAUAUGGUUGAGAUGCCUUUGCUUUUGCUGAUCAUGAGUUUGUUAUUUAAAUGCAUUCACUGAAGCUGUGCAAGUCCCUUUUGGCAGCAGGCGUGGAGGAGCCUGCCUAGGGUGUUCUGCCUGCACACCCACCUACACACCUGCCCUCACACCUGCCCUCACACCUGCCUGCUCCCAGCACUGGACAGGGCAGCCCUCGGGGCUCUCACUCUCCGUGUGAGGCAGAGCGAGGGGCUACGAGUGCUUGGCUUGGUUUUGGUCAUUUUAGACAUGAACAGUAUUAAAACAUAACAGAUGUGAGAGCGAGCUGUGUGUGUUGUCGUUUGUCCUGAA